CUAUGUUGUCGAAGGAAAAUACGAUUCCUUCGAACCUUAGAGCUCCAGAAAAUCCAAAAUCGAAACGAGGGCGAAAACCAUUAGUUAAUAAUCCAAAUCAAAGUUGUCGACUAUGCAAAAAGAAUUUAUUAACGACGUACGGAAAUCAAAGGAAUAGCUACGAUUCCUACUUGAAUUUAUUCAAACCUUCUUCGCGUAAGGAUGACUUUGGUUUGAUUAUUGCUGAAAGUUUGAAAGAAACAGGGAUCAUUGUCAACAACACUCCCGAUCUUUCAAGGGUCGUAUGCCAACCUUGUGGAAGGAAGCUAAAAAAUCUUUCAGAAACUUAUGCACUUGUAUUGAGAGAAAUCAAUUCUACCUCUACCACUGCCAAGGAAAGCAGCGCUUCGUAUCCUGGUGAUCAAGCUUCAAAAAGAAAGUUAUCCGUAGCUGUGACACCGAAUAAAAGUAGCCCCGAAAACAGAAAGCUAAGAAGGAAUGAUUCGCCCAGCGCUAAAAAAAGUUUACCUUCGAAGAGCUCAAGAAAGUCCCUUUUCUCAAAUUCAAAGCCCGAUAAAGAAAACAUCAAAAUGUUCUCAAAUUAAAGUGGUUGUUGCCUAUCCUUCUGGAAACGUCAUAGUUAAAAGUAAUUUUGAUCCCCAAAUCAAAAGCAUGAUCAUAAACAUUUGACUCUCUUGCUGGAGUACUGUAAUCAAUGGACUUUUUAACCACGACAUCCUCAUUUCUGAACUGGUUAAACAUCUUGAAUUGGAAGUUGAACGCGAGAUUAAGUGCUAUGCUAAGAGUGAUAACAGUAUGAAGAGUGCGAGUCCUGAUCAGCUUGCGGCUUUUUCAAACAAAACUCUUUGUAAAGAGAUAGAAGUGAAUUGCCCUAUAUACAGUUCUGUAGUUAGAGGCGCAUGCGGUUAUCACACUCAAGAAGAAGAUAAUCCUAAAGCUUCAAAUGCGAUUGCUGUGGCAACCUCUGCUCUGGUAAGAGUAAAUCAUCCUAACAUGUCUGCCGUUGCAUACAGGAUCUCUACUAUCCUAUUUCAUAGUGGUAUUUCCAAAAGAGACCUUACACGAUUGAACCAUUUAGGAGUAUGUAUGUCACCUCAAAUGUUGAUUUCCUUGCAUCAAAAAAUGGGUGAGAAUUUUGAUUAUAAAGUCUUGAGUUGGAAAAAAGAAAUAGAGAAAAGUAGAUCUGCACUCCUGUUUAUCAAUGAAAUCCAGGAAAAAAUGAUACCGAAGAGAGCUGUUGAUGAUAUGGAAGUAGAAAUCCAACUAGACCUCAGUGAAGAAAAUCUUAAUAGGUUUAAAUGCUACUCAUUUGAGGUAUACAAGCACUCCAUGAGUAUUUUGGAGAAUGAAAAAAAGUUGCUGGCUGAAUCUUCCUUUACAGAAGAAGUAGUUACACAAGCACAGCAUCGACUACAAAAAGAAAAGCUGCCUACCUACAAGAUAGUGGGAGAUAAUAUUGACCCUGAAAUAACAGCCAGGCUACAAACAAAGCAGCAUUCUAACAGAUCUUUGCACUGGACACAAAGCAGCAUUCUAACAGAUAUUUGCACUGGACACAUCAGUAUGCAUUGCUUGACAAGGUCUCAGACCAGUAUCUUGAAAGGUCAGAAUCCCAACAAAGUUCAGAGUUCAACAAAAUCUUAUCUUACAGUGGGCAAUCAUUGUUAGCAGGAUCGUAACAAAAUACUUACCAUCAUUCAAGGUUUUCCAGAAAAAUGUCAUUUAUCACAUUCCUCAUCCUUAUGCCAAAGAAAUUUCAACCAAAUCUGAAAUGUGUUCUCUUGGAAUGGAAUUUUACAACCCAAACAUUUCUGCUGAAAUGGCCCAGAUAUUGAAAGAUUACCAGCAAUCGUAUGUGCCUAUCUCCAAUAUGGAAGAAAAGAAAAUAGUUCUUUCAAAAGUACCCGUACAUGGUGAUCAACUGUUUGAAGAGAGGGCUCGAAAUGUGCAAUGGACAUUUAGAGAUGGUGAAAAUGGAUAUGACCGUCUUGAAGGACUCUUGCCAGAACAUGCCGACUGGCAUGCCAAAGUUACUCUUUAUGAGACUGAAUUUAAAAUUUUUGUAAAAGAAUCAGUGGCAGAAAUUGGCACCAGUAGAGCAAGCAUGAACCGCUGUGGAAAAAACAAUGCAGCUAAAGGGGUACACAACCACCACAACCAGUACAAAGAUUUUCAUUCAAGGGAAAUCGAAGGUCACAUUUGUGCAUCAUUCAUGGAAAUGUGUGUUAUGAAAAAAUUGGAAGAUGUCCCCACUUGUGAUAUGCCAGACCCAGAAUCAGAUAACCAAUUGAGAACAGAAUGGUUAUUAAGCCUUUGUAAAAACCAUGUGGAGAAGUAUAUAGUUAAAUCUGAAUUUACAAGCUUAGCUGAACAAACAGGGGAUUGGAUAAGUGUUUCAAAGAGCAAUUUGCCUGUCGCAAAGAUGGAUGUAACAAUACUUAUACACUACAUUCUCGAAGAGUAAGGCAUGAAGUUACAGUGCAUGGACUACAACUGCAAAACUAUGCAAGUGAUGACAGAGAUGAAAUUGGUUAUUAUUAUUGUAGAUCCAAUUGUGGGCUUGUCUUCAGCACUAUACAAACUCGCAACAG